AUGGGACAUGACUUACCAGAUUGGACUCUUGCGGACGAACCUGCGUACCUUACAUACGAGGAUGGUUUUGAGCCUCAUGAGAUGUAUCUUCCGUUUAUAAGACGCGGUGAAGGUAAACCGCCUCAUCUCACUUCUGAAGAUGAAGAACGCCUCAUCAACGAACAGAUCAGAAAAAGCCAGGGGUUCGACAUCGAGUUCGAGAUUUUCCGCUGCAUGUUUAACUACCAACCGCUUAAUUUCGAUGAUAACAACCAGUUCUUCACGGGAGAAGAAACCACCAGACAGUUAUUGGAAAGGCUGACUCGGGAAUCCCUUGAGGGAUUCAAUAAACAAAAGGGUACAAAAUACCAAUUUGUCAAGUUUCUUAAAGGCAAUUUUAACGAGGCUAUGUGCCCUGCCAUAAUGUUUUACAUUACCUUUCAAGGUAAGGACCCAUCCGAUGAUGAGCCAAAGGACUUCCAAGCUAAGAUCUGCUAUUUUUAUCAUGAGCUGCCUAAGUACAUCUACUGUGAGCUGAAACCCGGGAAAAAAGUUCACUCCAUUGAAACUGCAGAGAAAGAAGCUGCCAAGAAACCAAGGUUGACAGAGGAGCUAGAGCAAACUAAUGCCUAA